AUGAAGGACAAAUUUUAUAAAGUUGAGAUUUCUAUCAAUAAAUCUGCCGAUAUUAUUAAGGCAAGUUGUUCCUGUCCAAAAGGCAUCAAAUGCCAUCACAUUGCAGCACUUGCUAUUUUUGGGCAUUACAACAUCUCAGUGACUGACAGAAUGCUCAAAAAAUAUUCUGCAAUAGAUCGGGACAUGACCGAAACUGAAUUGCAGGAGUUGCAAAAACGGCUAAAUAAUUUAGGCGAUACAGUUGGUUUUACUUGGCUUUUAAAGGACGAACCUACCACUGCUGAAAGUAUUACGGAAUCGUUACCUCUACUCGAAGAAGUUAUAUUUUGUGAAGAAUAUCAUGCUAUGUCAGAUAAAGUCUCAUACUUAAAGCAGAAAUCUAUGUUGGCUAAAUCGGUUGUACUGUCAGUUGCUAACUUAACUGUAGGUCAAGCUGAAAAUGAAAAGUGGUACUUAGUUCGAAAGUAUCGCUUAACCGCAAGCAACUUUGGAUUAGUCUUAGCAGCCUGCAAGAGAAAUAGAUUUCCUCCGAGUUUGUUUAAAAGCUUAUCAGGUGAUUAUAAUUUGGACGGAGUCAAAGCCAUUCAAUGGGGUAAACAGCACGAGAAAAUUGCUAUACAACAAUUUGAAAAAGCUACCGACUUAACAGUCUUAUCUUCAGGAAUAUGGCUAUCUACAUCCGGAAUUUUAGGAGCUAGCCCAGAUGGAGAUGACGCAAUUGUCGAAGUAAAGUGUCCCUACACUUACCGAAAUGAUAAACUUUCUUCAGUUUUACGUAAUGGCAAGGGUUAUAUUAUAUACUUUGAGAAGGGAACUAUUGUUGUGAAUCGGGAGCACAAAUAUUUUGAUCAAAUUCAGGGGUUGCUUCACAUAAUGCAGCGAAAAAAGUGUUAUUUGUGUAUCUGGACCACCAAAGAGUUGCUCAUUGUAAAUAUAGACAUUGAUCUUGAGUGGGAAAAUAAUUUAAAUAUUUUAGAACAUUUUUAUUUUUACCAAUAUAUACCAAAACUUUUGCAAAGUGUUCAUUAA